CCGCGCUUGCCACCAAGCGGCAAACCGCAGACCCCCCUCACACGGCGAGGCUUUCGCAACGUAGAUUCAGCACGUCUGGAGAGGUUCCUCCUCGUCCCGGCCUCGCAUCCGGCCUGGGCCCCCGCCGCCCGCCGAUGCCCCGCGCCAGGGCCGCCCCCGCCCUGCUCCUCGCGCUCGGCGCGCUCCUCGCCGGCUCCCGCCUCGCCGGCCGCGGCUUCGCCGCCCACCCCGCGCCGCUCCGCGGCGCCCGCGCGGCCGGGAAAAUGGCCCGGCGGGCCACGCAGGAUGAGCUCAAGCAGCAGGUCGGCUACAAGGCCGUGGACGACUACGUCAAGAGCGGCACCGUCAUCGGCCUCGGCACCGGCUCCACCGCCGCGUUCGCGGUGGAGCGCGUGGGUCAGUUGUUGAAGGACGGCACGUUGAAGGACAUCAUCGCGAUUCCAACGUCGAUCCGCACGAAGGAGCAGGCAGAGAAGCUCGGCAUCCCCCUCGCCACCCUUGACCAGUACUCCGACUUGGACGUCGCUAUCGACGGUGCGGACGAAGUGGACCCGAACCUCAACCUUGUCAAGGGCGGCGGGGGCGCCCUGUUCCGCGAGAAGAUCGUGGAGAUGUGCGCGAAGAAGUUCAUCGUGAUCGUGGACGAGUCCAAGAUGUGCGAUGGACUGGGCCCAGGUUUUCCGGUGCCGGUGGAGAUUGUGCCCUUUUGCCACGAGCACACCAUGAGGGUGAUCGCAGGAUUGCCGGCGCUGAAGGGGUGCAAGCCGGUUUUACGCCUCGGCGAUUGCUCGAACAACAAGCCUGACGGCGACGCUCCCGCGGUGACUGAUAAUGGCAAUUACAUCGUGGACUUGCAGUUCACCGAUCCCAUCAAAGAUCCCGUGGCUGCUGGCCAGCAGCUGAAAGACACGGUUGGGGUGGUAGAACACGGCCUCUUCACGGGCAUGACUACUGCAGUGAUCAUCGCGGGGGCUGACGGGAUCUCCGUAAAGGAGGCUUGAAGUUACAACCGCCGAGUCUUGCGGAGCCCAUGUCUGGUUUGCGUGUUUUCUUGAUUUAGGUCCGUGCCCAGCACAGGACAGGUGGUGUGCUAUUGUAUGGUCAGAACGUGCUUUCCUUGUUGUGACAGCACUGCUGACUGGAAAGUCCACUAUGGUUCGAAAAGGAUACGCAAGCCUUACGUACGCAGUGGGAUGUAUAGCUGCAUUUUGAAAGCCAAA